AUGUACAUCUGCCUCGCCGUGAAUAUGGGGCGAUUCCUGAUUCUCAGCUGGCUGGACAACCCAUGGCUCACGCUUCCAUUGCAGGUUUUACAAGGAUUCGCUCUGGCGACGGUAUGGGCGUCAGCGACAUCGUACAUUUCGCUCAUCGCUCCAGCACAUAUCAAAUCAUCAGCGCAGUACAUCCUACAACUGCUCUACCAUGGUGUUGGCAAGGGUAUCGGCAGUAUCGUGGGCGGUGCUGUGAUUUCCGUUUUGGGUUAG